UCUGGAUAUUGUUGUUGUAAAAUUUGAUUGCCAGCUGGUCGUCACAAAGUGGCACCUGAACAACAAUGUCAAAAUUUUCACUCCCUUUCAUGUAAGUUAAAUGUUGAAUACUAAAAUGACAUUGCUAAAUGUUUUGCUGUUUUUUAUUGUGAUCUCCCAAUAUAUAUAUCGUUAUAAUAUUUAACGUUCCAACUCUACUACCUCCCAUUUGUUUAAAAUCUCACUGUUUUCACUGUUUUCAAUUUUUAUUUCUUAGCUAUCAAAAAAUGGUAAGCGCCAAAAGAGCCAAGAAAGCAAGUUGCAAAAACGGGACUGGCAACUCUUCCGAAUUUGGUUACCGUAGGCCAUAUGGGUCGAGAUUCCUAGCGGGAGGUGAUGGAAUAAUGCAGUUGCAAGAAGAAGUCAGUGAAGAAAAAUCGAUGCAAUAUUUAGACAGAAUUGGUGCAUUUAAUUCUCAAAAAGUGUGCGAUUAUUAUCCCGAUUGUGAAGAGCAUAUGGAACCAUUUAUCGACGAUGAAAACCAACUCAUGUUCUCUUGCGAAAACCCAGAGGUGCACUCACACUAUAAAAGACCGCCCACUGAAGGAUCAAUUUUUGACGACAAAGUUAUUCCACUGGGUGUGCGAUUGGGUAUCUUUCGUGACCUCUUUAGGGCUUAUUCCCAUAGCAGUAUAACAGCGUCGCGCUAUGCAACUCACGAUGAGAUUAAUGAACUACUGCGAUCCUGUACAAUUCUUAGAGAAGGUUAUAUUAGAAGAAACUUCUUUAAAGAAGACGACAAAAAACUUCCAACAGUCCUCCUUGGUGAUAGCCCUGAGUGUGAUCACCUUCAAAUAGGUGUAAGGAAAUUCGAAAAACAUCGAAACAAAUUUGAGAGACUUGAUGAGGAACGAGCACCCGGAUUUUGGGUUCUGGGUAUUGUUGAAGCUUUAAAAACUGAGACGGAAGGCUCGUUCUCGGGUGGCGAGAUUUUUUAUUGCACCAUUCCAAACAGAACUCACCACACAAUUUUGCCAAUUAUCGCCAAAUAUUGUCGUCGUGAUAUGGAAAUUUGUUCUGGAAUUAAACAUAUUUCUUCGCAAGACAUUGCAGACUAUUUUAAAGGCGGUAAAAAGCGAAAUGUGAAAAAUAAUGCAAGCACAGACAAAAAAAUGAAUACCAGUAUCAUCAGUAGCGGAUGGGCCAAAAUGAAGAGACACAUUGCUUCAACCCAUUUUAACUCUGAAGAAUUACCUCUCAAAAUAAUGGAAUACAUUUGGCAUCAAAAACAUAAAAAUGAUAUGAUACAUGGAUUGGAGCUUUGUUUCGGACAGGAGUCCAUCAAUUAUCCUAGCCAGCCCAGUGAUCGUCGCAACAUGACAUUCAUGACCUGCGGUGCUAAUGGCAAUUCCCCCGAAUUACAAAAAUAUAUGGACGAGAAAGCAACGGCCCGGGCAUUAAAGGUUAAAGCUGCCCGUGAAAAAAUUAUAGAAACAUGUCGAUUAGAACAUGAACUUCAUGUAGAAAGUGUUGAUAAGGCCCGUGCUCUCCGUGGCGAACCACCACAUAAUUUCCCUUUUCAGCCUGAACAUAUGAAGUUUCUUUUUCCUUCUGAAAGUAGUGAUGAUAAUGAUUACAAGGGCAUUGUUGAUGCAUUUCCUUUAGCCGCUCCUCCUCCUCGCUCUGGGAAAACGGCCAAGGCUUCACUUGAUGGUUCUACAGACCCUUCUGUUAUCAGCCGUCCUCCUCCUAUUAUCAAUACUCCACGUCCCACUAAGCCUGCUUCGAAAACUGUUAGAUAUCGCAAACCACUUCCUGCUUCUCUUCCUAUUGCCAAUACUCCUCCUCCUCGUAUUACUAAGACAGCUCCCCGUAUUACCAAGGCAGGUCGCCGUAAAACUGAGGUAGCUAAACGUGUAUGCAAGGCUCUUUAUCCUACUAGCAUGAUGUUUACUCUUAAUCACAAUGAUCCUAUUAUUGACAAAGGUCCCAUUAUUGACAAAAGUUCUACUAUUAACAAAAGUCCCAUUAUUGACAAUGAUUCUAUUAUUGACAAUGCCCCUUGUGUUGACAAUACUCCUCCUAGCAUUACGGAUAUUCCGUCACCUAUCAGCAACACUCCUCCUACUGCCAACAUUUCAGAAACUGUAAUUUCUUGCACUCCUCCUGUUAAGCGUGGUCCUGGCCGACCUCGUUCUACACGCGGUCCUGGCCAACCUCGUGGUCGCCCUCGCAGCUUAAGAACAACUCGACGUGCGCGUGGCCUUCCUCCUAAAUAA